AUGGAAACUAAAGAUAAUGAAUACAAACAGAACGAGCCGGGGCCCGUGCAUAGGAAGCGAACCAGGUCUGGCUGCCUACCGUGUCGUAGUCGGCGCCGGAAAUGCGAUGGGGCCCUGCCACGCUGUCGGAAUUGCGAACAACGCGGUUGCACUUGCCAAUGGGGCGUCAAGGCCUCUUUUCACCCAACGCGUUCCCUCAGGCUGUCGGGUGGCGAGAUUGUUGCCCUAGCGGCGAUAGAGAAACGGCGAGCUCAAAGGUCUCGCCAGCCCCAGGGACCUCCUACGAUAAUUGACGAGACGGGCGAAAUAAUCCGUGGGUAUGAGGUUCUCGGGAGUGGUGCCUCACAUCCAUAUUCCGAUAACGACCAUCUAGAGCUAGAGCAAAGGGAAUCAUCCCUGGGCGUCUGUGGCAUCCCAUCAUCACCCCAAGUUGACAAUGGCAGUGACAUUGGGACACCUGAUAUACUUCACGAAGAACCUCAUCAUCCUAAUUCGGACGACACUCAUCGACCCACCGACACCGCUCUUAGUGUAGCAGAUCUCUUUGCGCCUAAUCUCCAGACAUUUGGCCGUUCUCCGUUAUCUAACCCCAUACGCAAUAGAUCUUACAAUGAUGCUUCGUCAAGCUGGCGAAGAGGGGAUGCCAUUCCCUUUACGCCGAGUCGCUCGACUUCUAAAAUUAUACCGAGUCCUGAGCCUCCAUUGCCAGUCUCUAAUGCAGAAAAGCUCCGCCUGAUCUCCGCUUAUAUGCAAGAGACCGGCACCUGGUGUGAGACAACUGAUUCGGAUAUGCAUUUUACCGUACGGAGCAUUCACGAUAUGAUGGAGUCGCCGUCUUUUGUUGGCGCUGCAAUGGCGCUGGCCUCCCGCCAGUUGGAUUAUGUUGAAGGCUGUGAACGGCAAGUUACAUUGGAGCUUUACCAAUACACUAUUCAGCUACUGCUGCAGCAAAAUACAGCGGCGCCCGAUCCGUCAGUCUUGGCUGCAUGUACUCUACUAUGCGUUUAUGAGAUGAUGGCUUCAGAAGUCCAUGAGUGGCGUCGCCACCUAAAGGGCUGUGCCGGCCUCCUGCAGGCCCAGAAGUGGAAUGGCUCUGCCCCGGGAAUCGUCAAGUCAUGUUUCUGGGCAUUUGCGCGAAUCGAUAUCUGGGCAGCUUUCAUUACCCAGAAUACGACGCUUAUUCCUACGGACUUUUGGCUGGACGAUACGUCUUGCAAGUCCGUACGCACGGCCGGGUCAAUUGACGACUACUGUAAUUUGGCAAUUCUCAUCUUUGCUAGGAUUGUGAAUUUACUUGCUCUCCGGGAGAAUGAAUACUAUAACCCAGCUUCCACAACACAAUUGUUGACCCUCUGGGAUGAGCUCCAGGAAUGGCAUCGGCACUGCCCACCGGAGGUAUAUCCCUUGCUCAGAGAUCCUCGCUCACCUGGUAAAGUAUUCCCUACAGUCAUCUUCUCUCGAGCCGCUUCUAUAUGCGGCAACACUUUUUAUCAUACUGGGUGCAUAUUGCUGCUUCAGACAGGGGUAGUCGCAAGGGGAACUCCACGCUCUGGUUCAAGGGAGAAGGAAGAUCCUAUUUGGCAUGCGCGCGAACUAUCCGGGAUCUCUAUGUCAAACCCAUCACAUGCCAACUGGGUCAAUCAUCUUCACCCACUGUACAUUGCUGGAGCGGCUUUUGGAGGAAGUAGCUCACAGACCUUCUCGAGAAGCAGGGACACUCCGCUCGAUAGCUCACCGGGGUAUCUGUCGCGGAACUUCCUAUCCUCAGCCUAUGGAUCUCCACAAACGACAUCGAUGAUCAGGGAUAGCCGUCCCGCGCUUUUGGGACCUGCCGAGGAGUAUCCUGCCGAGAAGCUACUACUUCUAAAACACCUGGCUCGAAUCGAGCACGAAACCGGAUGGAAGACCUCUGAUCGAGCUGCCAAUCUACGAAUAUUCUGGGGCCUGGGAUGA